AUGUCGAAGCCGCAGAUCCUACUCACCGGUGCGACGGGGAUGGUUGGAUUCCGUGUCCUAGUGCUCGCCUUGGAAGCUGGAUACCGUGUUCGAGUCGUUGUCCGUAACCAGGAAGGUUUCGAACGAAUCAAGUUGCUGGCACCAGUGGCCCCUUAUGUCGACUGGUUUGAAUCUUUCCUUGUCCCGGAUAUGACUCUCCCAGGGGCCUACGACGACGCGGUAAGCGGCGUUGAGUACAUUAUUCAUGUCGCAUCGCCCCUAGCUCUGCCACACCUAACCGACUUCGAGAAUGACCUCAUCAAGCCUGCGAUGUUGGGCACGAUUGGUAUGCUCGAGUCGGCGUACAAGACGUCUGGCAUCAAAAAGAUUGUUAUCACGUCUUCAAGUGCAGCUAUCAAGCCCCCAAGUGAUCUUAUUCGUGGCACCGGUCCCACCGAACCGUUCAAUGAAAAGAGCCGCGCACCUCAUCCCGAAGGGCCAUACAGCAAUGUCUUGGAGGCAUACAUGGCCAGUAAGGCGCUUAGCCUGGAAGCAACGGAAACAUUCAUCAAAGAGCGAAAACCCUCCUUUGACGUGAUCAACAUCGGACCCGGAUACAUUGUCGGUAGAGAUGAUACUGUUACUCAGGCCGACGGUAUCUGUAAGGGGACCAAUGGCUUCGCGAUGGGACAGCUUUUGGGCAAACCCAUACCGUACCCGGUAGCUUCAUUGAUGUCGCAUCUUGACGAUGUUGCCAGGGUUCACGUUGAAUCGCUUAGUCCUUCCAUCAAAGGGAAUCACUUCUUCUUGAUUUCUGCCGAGAGCCCGGAUGGGGUCACCUGGGAUCGUGCCUUGGAAAUUGCCAGGGAACACUAUGCCAAGGAAGUGGAGGACGGUUUGUUCAAGGUUGAUGCUGGAACGGGGACGGUUAGACUUAGGGCUGAUUCGAGUUAUGCUGAGAAGAUGUUGGGCUUCAAGCUAAAGACUUACGAGCAAGCUGUUAAAGAUGUGGUAGACCAUUAUCUGGAGUUGGUGGGCAGGACCUCACCGAAGUAA